AUGAUCAAGCUGAGGUACUCCAAGAGGCUGUUCAAGAGGAGCUCCUGGUCGAAGGCGAGUGUAUCACGACCUGAAAGCUGUCAGAGUGCUGGCGGCGGCCAUGGCAGUGUCGGCGGCGGUGGGGAGAUAGAGUGGGAGGUGAGACCGGGUGGGAUGCUGGUGCAGAAGAGGGACAGGGGGCGGGCGGAGGAGGUGAUCAUGGUGAGGGUGUCCACUGGAUUCUCAUGGCAUGAUGUCUCCAUUGGGGCCACACGCACUUUUGGGGAACUGAAGGUGAUGCUGUCCAUGGUGACCGGGCUGGAGCCGAGGGAGCAGAGGCUGCUGUUCAAGGGGAAGGAGAGGGAGGACACGGACCACCUCCACAUGGUUGGGGUGAGGGACAAGGACAAGGUACUCCUUCUCGAGGACCCUGCCCUCAAGGAUAUGAAGCUCCGCGCGGCGAGAGCAGUCGCGGCACAGGUCACGCAAAACCCGCGUCAGCCUUUUAUCCAGAUGUAGGGCGCGGUCCGCCAUAUCGCCGCCCUAACUAGUAGAGCAGGAAUGGUUUCACUGUUCAUUAAUUUUCGUCGCGAAACACUAAUUUUCCGGAAGGUUUUAUGUCUGGAAUGGCCCGAGUGGGGGUGUGUUUUUUGGCUCCUUGCUUUGGUUAAUGUUUGUGCCGCUCCAUGGUAGGGCAAAAUAAAGGUCCCUCAAGUAUGAGAGUGAGAGAGCUUUCCUGAUCAUGUUAGUAGUUGCUAGUGUCAGCCAUGGUGGUUGUGACGAUGUGAUGUUAAGCCUGAUGUUGGGCUCAUGUUGUCCCUUGUUACGUGGUCUUGUCCCAUUUCGUUGCAUCGGUUAUGGAUGGGAGUGGGACAAAGUCAAAGAUGUA